AUGUCUGGAACCGAUUCGCAAGUCAUCCUUGCGUACUACAAGCGCCUUUUCCCUUUCAAAAGCAUUUACGCGUGGCUGAAUCAUCAACACCCGCCGACACGAUUAUGGACCAACCGCGAGUUUGCAUUUACGGUUAAUGGAGCGAACGGCGAAGCAUACCUCCGCUGGCUGUCCUUUUCCAACGCGGACGAGCUUAAGAAGGAAGUAAUAAGACUAAACCCGUCGCGUUUUGAGGUGGGCGCUGUGUAUAGUGCUCGACCACGGGAUAAGAAGACCGUACAGCCAAAAUUGUUUACGCCCCACCUUCGAGAGCUCGUCUUCGAUAUCGAUAUGACUGACUAUGAUGAGAUCCGAACAUGUUGUUCAGGGAAAGGCAUCUGCAAGCGAUGUUGGGGAUACAUUGCCGCGGCUGUCGAUGUGAUUGAUCAUGUUUUGCGAGAGCAAUUCGGAUAUAAUCAUUUACUCUGGGUUUACUCAGGUCGUCGAGGCAUUCAUUGUUGGGUUUCCGACCAGGCCGCCAUGUCCCUCACUGAUGAUGCUCGCCGUUCCCUCCUUGAGUUUGUGAAGCUUAUCCAAGGCGGUUCGGGUGAGGCGAAGCGUGUUCGUACACGAUACAAAGGAAAUACAGGACCCAUGCAUCCCAUGUUAUUCGAGGCUUUAGGGACUCUUCAGGAGGGCUUUUCAGACUUAUGCUUGGAGGAUCAGGACUGCUUCAAGGACAGGAAAGGCUGGGAGAAGUUGCUUGAUUUGUUACCUCACGACGAUGAAUUGACUAAGGACCUCAGAAGAAUUCACGCCUCUUCCGUGGAUAAAUGGGGCUCUCUCCGCUCAAAAGCCAGUAAGAUACCGAAGAGUAGUCCGCGCGGACUCUUUACCGUUGCGAUGGAGGAAAUCAUUCUCCAGUACACGUAUCCUCGCAUUGAUGAGGAAGUGACGAAAAAGCGCAACCACUUGUUGAAGGCUCCAUUCUGUGUACAUCCUGCCACAGGAAACAUAUGUGUUCCAGUUGAUCCCCAACAAGUUCACUCAUUUGACCCAGAGAAAGUACCGAAAGUUGACAAACUUCUCCGAGAAUUGGAUGAAAUGAUGCAGGAAGAUGGUGCAGCAGAGCACCAUUCGGACUGGGAGAGGACCUCAUUGAAGCCCUACGUGCAAAUGAUGGAUAAGUACACAUCAGGAAUAAUGAAAGAAAUUCGAUCGGGAAACCGAGCCGCUGCUGCAAGAAGCCUCGACUUUUGA